GGCAUCAUGUUGCAGAUGUGGAAACUGUCAGAUAGAUGUUAGCUUCGGUUACAAUAAAAGUGAUUAUCGGCUCGCCGUACAGCAGACCGUCCUCGGCUGUAGCUCUGUAACUAGUCCGAUAACAGACAGCAGAGUCCGUGACAUCAGUAUGUAAGCUGUCCUGGGACUCCCGCCCGCCUUUUAAGCAGCUCUAAAGUGAGUGGUAAGUGGAGUGCGGGUUAGCCUCUAGCAUGGUAGCUAACUUGAGGUUUGUGUCAGUCUCCCGCUAACUGCCAACUGACUGAACACCGACACGACACAGAAAAGUCCGCCUUUCUCUCAGAAUAAGAGUCUAUGUUUUCUGCCUGGCUCCCAUGGCUCCUGAAUCUGUCGGCCUGGAAUAGGGCAGGCCCGUUACCGCAUUGCUUUGUGGAUGCCAAACUUCAUGAGCCACUCCAACUUAUUCGGACACCAAACUGCCUUUUAGAAUAGAAAGUGGUGGUUUUGCUUACCCACCAAAGUGGCUUGUGGAGCAGGCAAACUGAAAAGGUAAAACGUUUUGCCAGCCUUAAGUUUUGCAGCUGGUGUUGACUUGCCACCCUGGCCAGGAGGGAUCAGUAGGCAGUGGUGGAGCGGUCAGGCCCAGGCAGAGAGAGAGAUGAGCUGGGCUCAGGAAGACUGGACUGUAGGGUUGUCUGGACGGGUCCUGCAAAAGGUGAAGGAGCUGCAGGUCCAGCAGGAGAGACUGUCCAGAGAGAACAGGCAGAGGCAGCUGCAGCUGGACAACAGCCAGGCUGCCCUCGACAAACAGAAUGCUAAGUAUGAGGAGGUGCGCGUGGAGCUCCAGGUGGUGCAGAGGGAGCUCAAGGGUGCCCGGGAGGAGGUCCAGACCGCUGUGUCCUCCAAGGAGCGACUGUCUCAGGAACUUCAGACCAAGCAGGCCCAGGUCUGCUCUCUGGAGGGCCAGUUGGAUGCUGCUCGCACCCACACCCAAAAUCUCACCCAGGAGGUUAAAAGGCUGGAGGCAGAGCUGGAGAAGCUGCAGAACAGCAGCAGGUCAGGAGACUCCAGCCUGUUCUCCACUCCCUGCUGGAAUAUGUCCUCACCCUGGGAAAGCAACAGCAUAGGCGGCAGAAGGGAGAGGAGACUGGGGCACCGAGGAGAAGGAGACAGCCAGCCGCCGCACACCCGACAACAGCUUCAGUUCUCAGAUGCGCCCUCAGGCUCAUUACCACGACAACAGCACAAGAGCACGCCCCACCGCCACCCGUCCAACCAAUCGGACUCCUUUUCCACUCCCCUGGCUGCAUUUCCAUGGGAACGGGAUAACUCCAGGACAACAGCCAGGGCAUGCCCUCCUCCCUCUCCGCAGGCGGCCUCAUCUGAUGCCAUAAGUCGAGGCCAGGUGGAACAGGGGGAUUAUGGGAAGGCAGAGGACUCCAGGAGAGAGACAGACACACGUGUGUCAGAGCUGCAGAGUCGUGUGUGUGCUCUGGAGGAGGAGCUGCGAGCUGAGGCCCAGAGGUUGAAGUUGUCUCAGGAGGAGUUGGCACAGAGCAGGAAGGAGCUGGCAGCUAAGGAUCUCAACCUGCAGAGAGCCAGUGACAAGAUUAGCCUUGCACAUACACGCAUGGCCCAGGAGAGUGAACGGGCAUCUGGAGCUGAGCAGAGGCUGAGGCAGCUGCAGGAGGAGCUGAAGUGUCAGAGGCAGAAUGCCGACAGCAGCCGACUGCAGCACCAACAGCGCACCAAGGAGCUGGAAAAACAGCAUCAGAGGGAUUUGUUGGAGCUUCAGAAGGAGAAACAGUGUCUGGAGAAGCAGCAGCAGCAGGAAGUGAACAAACUCAACCAGGAGCUCCAGCAGGCCAGGACACUCCACAAUGCCCUACAGGCUCAAGCUGACAAGGUGUCUCUUCAGAAACAGGCAUUGGACAAAGAGGUGGAGACUCUGCAAGAGAAACUGAAGUGGACAGAAGGACAGCUGCAGGAGAGCCAAAGAAAAGAUGCACAGACGCAAGCCAAACUGAUGGAAGCUCUGCAUGAGGCGGCAGGCGUGGCAGCAAGCCUGGAGCAGAGCAGGAAGAGAGAGAGAGCCCUGGAGGAGGAGGGGAAGAGACUGACAGAAGAGCGAGCUGAAGCCCUACACCUCCUCAAAGAACUACAGGACCAAAAAACUGCCCCAACACCCUCUGCACCACCUGUCCAGGUCUGUCCUGUAGGACAGAGCUUCUCCCCUCCACCCUGUUCUUCCCACCACCCCCGACCAUCAGCCCAUAGCAAGAGGCCCAGUGCUAGUGCCACCAAAGAUGAGCAGGCGAGGGAAGAGGAGGGAGAGGAGAGGGGGGCACAAAUUACGACAACGUUUCCCACUGACAGAGAACCGGGAGAAGGUAUCGACUCUGAACACAUCACUGUCUUUGCCUGCUCCAGCUCUGAAUGCUCACAAAGGAAAGGAGACAGAGGAAAAAGUAAGGAGAUGGAGAGGAAGAGUGAAAAUGAAACCAAUGAUUCAAUGGGAUGUGACAGCUCUGGGACAGAAGAGCACUCCAGUGCUGAUGUGGUGCUCCCUCACUCCUCUCAAUCCAUUGCCGGGACUCCUACCAGUGGCACUGUGGAUGACAAUACUUCAAUGCCUUCCCCUGAAAAGACCACGCUUCUCAGGUCCGAGCAGCCCGCAGCCUCUGAAGACCUAUGCAAGGAGAACGCUGCACUGCGUUCGGAGCUACAGGACGUCCGCGAAGAGCUCCAGAAACGUCUGGAGGACCUGGAUGUCCAACGGCGGGCUGAGGCUGAGGCAAGGAUGCGACUCAAACAGCUGAGUCGUAAACACAGCAGCCAGGCCGGGGAGAGGGAGGAACAGGACAGGGAGAGGAAGGCCGAGCUGGAGAGGGAGAGGGCUGAGACGGAAAGGUUGAGAAAGACCCUGGCUGCCCUGGAGGCAGAGAUCACGAGGGAAAGGGAGCAAAGAGAAAGGAAGAACCGAGGGGAGGACGGGGCAAAAGAGAAAACACUGGAAGACAGGGAGAGCGAAAUGAUAGAGCAGAAUUUUCAACUGAAGAAGCAGCUAGCGGAGGUGAAGGCACAGCUGGCUUUAGAGCGGGACGAGAGAGAGAGGGAGAAGCAGGAAGACGAGAGAAAGAGAAUGACACAGGCAGGCAGAGAGGGAAAGGAGCUGAGCAUCAAACUGGCUGAGCUGGAGGCCGAACUGGAGGAGCUGAAGAGUCAUGGUAAGAACAUCUCACCAGUGGAGAAAAAUCUCUCAGAAGCCAACAGCCCCCUGACCUACCUGACUCUCCACGACGACGAGGUCAACUCCAACAUCGUUGACCUCGACAGCAAGCCCCUCCCCUCACCAGAGCAACACCGCCUCUUCUGCAAAUCCACCAAUCAGCGCAAUAUGGCGAUCCCCCAGGCAACAGCAGAUCUCAUCCAGGAAGAGAAAAUCGGGAGAGCUCUUGAAUGCUCUACUCUUUCACAUAAGGGCCAAACGGGGAGGAGUGUCUCUGAUCUGGACGAUGGCACUUUAGAGGAGAAACUGUGUGUGUCUUACAUCUUGGACCAGAGAGAGAAGGGGGAAUCUUCCCCCUCAGACUUGGCCAAGGAGGUGGAGUGUCUGCGUGAGAAGAAUGCCAAGGAGACUGAGCGGGCUAAUCGGUGCCAGGCUAAGCUGGAGGCCUUGCAGAACCAGGUGACACUUCAGACCCAGCAGCUGACUAUGGCCUUUGACAGACAGAGCCAGCACAUCACAAACCUGCUUUCCGAGCUGCAGGAGAAGGAGAGCACUGUCCUCAGACAGGGAGAAGAACUGCAGCGCUGCAGGCAGGAGCUGGCUGGACUCAGGGCUGAGAGGGAGGAGGAGGAGAAGGAAAGGAGAGGAAGAGGAGAGGAGGGGAGGGAUGCGAUGGAUGAGACACCAGCGGAGCAGAUCGCAGAGCUUAAACCCAACCAUGAAAAGUUCACUAAUAUCCUCCUCACUACAAGCUCACUGACUGCUGCUCUUCCUGUCCUCAGAGAGGCAGGUCAACCAGAGACUAGGACCUUUGAUGUUGACAGACCACCAGCUACUAGCAACAGCCAAAACUCAGACAGAGAAGCACUACGGUCAAGAACAUUUCCUCAAGGCUCAACAGACACAAACAAGACUCAGGGUGACUUUGUUUUUGUGAAGGAGACGUUACACACUGCAGCUAUAUACCAGGAUACUACUGAAGAUCAAGGAGGAACGGCAGCCCUGGUUACAAAUUUACUCGCUCUCCAAGAGGAGAAUCAGCAGCUGAAAGAAAGAAUCAAGGCCCUAAUGGUUUUACAAACCAACAGCCCAGCGCUGCAAGAUGCUGCUGAAAACCAAGAAAACUCAACUGAGCCAGGAAAUGCAGCCACUUCUUGGUCAGAGGAGGUGACAACAUGCUCUACCAGCGUGCUGUGUGACAUCAUUGAGGGACAGCAUUCGAAACGGCAGGAUGGGGAGAGGAGUGGAGAUGGAGAGAGGGAAGAAGAGGAGAGCAGGGCUAAGGAGGAGUCGGGAACAGUCCCUCAGCAUCAGAUCAGCCUCCUGCAGCAACAGGUGGUGGUGCUGCAGGCUGAGCUGCAGGCUCUCUCUGUGGAGAACCAGUUGCAGGCCGAGGAGCUGGCUGUGUGGAGGCUGGCCUCCCAACCCACCCCAGCCCUCCACCACAACCUCCCCCAGACAGAUCUCAGUCAGUCUGAGACCCAGGACCGAACCUCUGCUGUCAGACUCACCGGGUCACACCAGCAGCCGACUGAUGACACGUCCCACGUUCUGUCAGAGGGCCAGACUCAGGCACCUGCACUUGGCCCUGAGGGUCCAGCACCCCAAGGUGUCCCUCAGAGCCCCGCUACUGUGACAGUGAUCAGAGAGGACGAGCUGCUCCUCUCCUGUUCGUCCAACAAACUGCAGGGCCGCUUGCUGGCCUCCAGAAUGACCCAUAAAAUUCCUGUACCAAAGAGUCGCCAGCCUCCUAAAAAGACAUCAGUGCCUCAGGGUUACCUUCAGGACUUCACCAUUGUUGAUGAGGAGUCUGACAAAGAAAACCUGGAGAGUAAGUACUUGAAACAGACAAAGACCACUUCAGCACAGCACAAAGAGAAGAGAGAGGCUGAAUUAAUCCAAAUGUAUUCUGCUGAAACCGGCCAGCAGCAGGUCACCAGAGAGACCAAAGCAACACCGCUGACCAAAGUGACCGAGUUCCACAGAGAGGAUCCGGAGGCCAAACCAAACACUGAAGUAAAUAGCACUUGUGUUUCGUUAGAGACCGAGGGUUUGGGUAGCAUGAACAAUGCUAGCACCCAAACUGAAGAAAGCCUAAACCCUCCCAAAGCACCGACAGCCUCUGAACUCCAUCAUGCCUACACACAGACUGAGAAAGAGGAGCAGGAGGAUGAAGAAUUGGUAGACUCUCCCCCUCUGUCUCCUGUCCCGCCAUCUGAGGCGACAGCGGUUGCAGACAAGAUGUUGUUCUCUGGUUCCUUCCCCAUCCCAGCCGAUCCAGCCCGUCUGGCUGAACGCAUCCGUCGCAACCGGAGCCAGCUGUCAGCUGCUUUCGAUGACACUGAAUACGAACCCUACGGCUUGCCUGAAGUUGUCAUGAAAGGUUUUGCUGACAUCCCCAGUGGUCCCUCCUGUCCCUACAUAGUGAGGAGGGCUCUGUUAGGGACAUCGGCCGUACCCCUCCCUCAGAGAGACCCGGCUCAGAGCGAGGAGACGGAUUAAGACCUAGCUUCCAGGACAAAGCUGAUCACUGCCCCGACUAGAAACCUCGCCGACGGGUGGCAGCUGCUACACCAAAGGGAUGCUUUUUCUGCACUGGUUUGAGCUACAUAAAAAUCUACAUUGUGGAUCUAAAAGACCAUAUGGGCACUAGUUUGUCCUUUAAUAGCUGUGGGGAGACUUUGUUGUCCAUCAUAAUGCAGUUCCUUUACACCCACCCGUAUAUUUAGGGACAGAGGUAGUGAUUUAGAGGUGUUGAUGUUUUUCUAAGUUAACCACUUUUCCAAAGGGACCGUUUAGCUUUCAGUAGCUCCUAUAUGCCUCAGAAACCUAUGGCUCUGGCCUAAGUAUACUUUGAAUGAAACACAGUGCCUAGUUUAUACUAUUUUUUCAAACCAGGGCCUUGCCAAGAUAGAUUUGAUUUGUUUUGCAAAAGGUUGAGGCCAAGAGCAGCCUGUUGUGAAAACAUUUUUUUGUUGAGAUGCCUUAUUUAUGUUCACUUGAAUGAAUUUUAGUGAAGGGCAGGUGUUCACGUUUACAGUAAUUUGACGAAAGUGUGGAAUGUCUUAUGUGUGAAUGAGAGAGAAAGUUUGUGCACAACUGCGUAUGUGAACAUAUGUGUCAUCAUAUCGAUGUUACUGUGUGUGUGUGUGUGAGUGUGUGUGUGUGUGUGUGUGUGUGGGAGAGAGAGAGAGACGGGCCGCGCACGUGUCUGUGACUCAACCUAACCUGUGUUGGUUUCCGCUCCAUGUAUGGUGAUACAUUCUGUGUUCUCUCUCUCUUUCUCUUUGUCUCCAUUUUCUCCUCCCACUCCUGCUUUUGCUUUUCUGUCAAUCUCUGACACUAACGAGCUCUCAUAACAAGCUUAGCUCUGAAUUUACCAAAACCUAAACAUGUGAAGCUUUAUUUUGUCAGCACAGUAAUUUUGUUUCCUAGAUUUGAUCAGAUAUAAUAUAUUUGAUUAAUAUAACUAUUUUUGAUAUGUCCUUGUUGCACAUUUGUUAUUGUGCCACAGACAACAGUAGCCUGUAUGUACAGUGUAGAUUUUGUAGAUGAAUUUGAAGUUAAUGUACAGUACUUAUAUUGUGUUGUCCACUAGUCGUCCUCGAUAAUUUUGCAGCCAAGUAUGUGACCACUUUGCAUGGUAAUGGCUGGCCUGGCACUAAAAGAUCUGAUGAGUUAAAGCCAGCAUUGUCACAACAGAGCCGCAUCUAUGAAAUUACAGCAGAUGAAGGUUAAAGACUUGUUUAGGUUUGUCAAAAGUGUUGGGGGAUUUUAAUUUCUCACAUUUUAUUUCGCGGUCGAGUUGGUCUCUUACUUGCUUACUGAUUCACUCAGAACAUUGUGGACUGUUACUGACCUGAUUCCCUGUUAUUGCCAUUUUCCCCCACGCCCCCACUGAACUUCCCCUCCUGUUUAACUGCCUUCAUAUCUCUGGGAUCUGUAGUCUUUUGGCGGCGAGGCGGGUUGAGAAGACUCAGAGCACAGACGCACUGUGAACCUCUUGCCCUGUUUAGGACACUUUUAUGUGAAUGUAUCUUUGUUGACAUGUUGUGUUUGCAGGUAGAAUAAAAGGCUUGCUUUCAA